GUUAAACUGGUUAAUCUUAUUUAUUUAGGCCACUGAAAUUUGCUUAGAAUGUGAAAACUAGGAGGAGCGGUAAAACUAGCUGGCCACGUUACAAGUUAUUUGGUACAGCUGAUUUAUAAAAUUUGGUCCUGCAGCAUUUAAGUGAAGCAGUUUAUUUAUUUUUUAAGUUUAGCUCAUCUGCUUUAAUUAUGAAACCUGAUUUUUGCCAAGUUUUAAAUAUUGGAUUACAAAAGUAUCCUAAAUUGUCUUCUAAAAUUCUUCGAUAUGGUACCGCCGGCUUUCGUGAGAAGGCUAUUGAAUUGCCUCAUGUUAUGUAUCGAAUGGGACUUCUUGCAGUUCUUAAGUCUAAAGAAGAACAAGGAAAAACUGUAGGAUUGAUGGUCACUGCUUCUCACAAUCCUGAGGAAGAUAAUGGUAUAAAAUUAUGUGGGCCUUCAGGCGAAAUGAUAAAUCAAGAAUGGGAGCAAUUUGCUACAUUGCUGGUGAAUUCAGAAAAUGCAGAAUUAGAUAAGUCUUUGCAGCACAUUGUUGAGAAAAGUAAACUUAAUUAUAAUAUAUCUGCUAAUGUAUUUUUAGCUAAAGAUACUCGAAGCAGUGGUACCAAGUUACUGGAAGCUGCAUUAGAUGGGGUCAGAAUUAUUUCUGGUCAAGCAAAAGAUUUUGGUUUAUUGACUACUCCACAGUUACAUUUUGUAGUUGUUUGCCAGAAUAAUAGCCUCUAUGGAAAACCUACAGUAGAAGGAUAUUAUGAAAAACUUUCCAAUGCCUAUAAUGUUUUGCUUUCAUCUGGAAAGGAAAAGGAGAGCAAAAGAUAUGAUCCUGAGCUGUUUGUUGAUGGUGCCAAUGGUAUUGGAGCCCUUAAAUUUAAAGAAUUACUUGAUUAUCUGAAUUUGUUAAAAGUCCAUGUUUUUAAUGAUGGAAGCAAAGGAGUUUUAAAUUUCAAGUGUGGUGCAGAUUAUGUGAAAAUUGAACAGAAACCUCCUGAAGGUUGCAGUAUUAUAGCCGGAAAACGAUAUGCGUCAUUUGACGGGGAUGCUGAUCGAUUAGUUUACUUUUAUAAAGAUAUAAAGGGCAUUUUCCAUUUGUUAGAUGGUGAUAAAAUAGCUACAUUGAUGGGAAAAUAUCUCAAAGAACUUGUUGAACAGACUGGACUAAAUCUUUCAAUACGAAUCAUACAGACAGCUUAUGCUAAUGGUAGUUCAACUCAGUAUAUCAAAAAAACAUUGAAAAUACCUGUAGUUUUUGUGCCUACAGGUGUAAAACAUUUGCACCAUGAAGCAAUGAAGUAUGACAUAGGAAUCUAUGCUGAAGCUAAUGGACAUGGCACAGUUGUAUUUAGUGACCAUGCAAAAUCCCAGCUUAAAAAUCUUUCUUGCAGUACCAGAAAAAUAAUGGCUCAAAAAUUAUUGAAUAGCAUUAAUCUGAUAAACGAGACUGUUGGUGAUGCUAUAUCAAAUCUUCUUUUUGUUGAAUCUGUAUUGCAUGAUUAUGAUUGGACUGUUGAUGAAUGGGAUUCACUUUAUUAUGAUUUUCCUAGUCGCCAAUUAAAAGUCAAGGUUCCAGAUCGACAGGUUAUACAAACUACUGAUGCAGAUCAAAAAUGUGUUGCACCUAAAGGUUUACAAGAGGCCAUUGAUGAUAUAAUAUCCCAAUACAAAAAUGCAAGAUCAUUUGUUCGACCUUCUGGUACUGAGGAUAUUGUUAGAGUGUAUGCUGAAGCAGACACUCAGGAACAUGCUGAUGUGGUUGCCCACGAAAUAAGUCAGUUGGUCAAAAAAUUUACAGAUAGCUCUUAGAAUGCUACCGUAUGUUUGUUACAACAGAAUGCAUUAUUUUUGGUUUUAUCUGAUAGAUCAUAGAAUUUAGAAAUUAGAUAACGUUUGAGGGUUAUUUAGAAAUCAUUGGGACAUAAUGUUUCUCAAUUUUGUUUUUUGAUUGUAUUAUUUUUUAUAAAGAAAUCUAUUGUACAUAAACAAAUUAUUUUUGUUACUGAAUAAAAAAUGAUUUUUGGGGAA